AUGCAUGUUACACUGUUCCCAACCAUCCUGUGGUGUUGGGUCCUCGUUUUGAAGAGACGGUGGUCCGCAUAUUCACAAUUGCGGUGCUCUCAACUGCAUAUGGUUGGGUCCUUCGUCAGGCUAAUUUUAUUGGCGAAGCUGUAUUCCGGACAGACGGGCGCAGUGUCAGGGGCGCAGCCUUUUCGAACCAAGCGGGGGGUCAAGCAAGGCGACGUCAUCAGCCCGAUGCUGUUUAAUGAUGGCUUGGAGCUUGCAAUGGGCAUAUGGAAACGUCGCAUUGGGCAAGCUGGCUUAUUCAUCGGAGACGGCGAGAAAUUCACGAAUCUACGGUAUGCUGAUGACAUCAUGUUGUACGCGAGUUUUGCCGAUGAGCUGGCCAUCGUGGUGGAGGCGCUGAUUGAGGAGCUCGAUGCAGUCGGAUUACAUUCGACAAUAUAG